UUUAUUUGUAAAUUUUCAUAAAAUGAGCAUAAUGUGUAAUUUAAUUUUAAUGCUAUCCUUUCUGUACGCAACUGCAUGGAGUUCCAAAAUGAAAGAAGUUUUAAAUUUAAAAGAAAUUCAUUUUUCAUUCUCUAAAAAAAUAUUUACAAAUAACAGUAAGCUUGAACCAGCUAAUGUUAUGCCCAUGGCUUUGGAAAGAUGGCAAGAUAAAUUAUUUUUGGUUACACCCAGAUUCAAGCUUGAUGUACCGGUGACAUUAUCUUACAUAAAUAUUACAAAUUUGGAAAGUAAAAAAAAUAAUACACCAAUUUUAAUUCCUUAUCCUGAUCAAAAAUCUCAUAAAAUAUCUGAGCAUAAUUUGACUUCAAUAAUAAAGGUAAGAGCUGAUGUUUGUGAUCGUUUAUGGGUAUUAGAUAAUGGAAGGAUAAAUAACAAACAAGAAAGUGCUCCUGUUUUACAUGUGUAUGACUUAAAAACUGACUUGCAUAUGAGAACAUUUAACUUCGGAAAUUUGGCCAAUUUAAAUUCAGAUUUCAGCAAUUUAGAAGUAGAUGUAACCUCUUCAACUUGUGACGAACCAUAUGCAUACAUACCUGACAGUGAUACUUAUCGGUUAUUGGUAUACAACUGGAAAUCUAAUGAAUCAUAUGCUUUAACGCAUAACUUUUUUCACUUUGAUCCUUUAUGUGGAGAUAUAAACUUGGGAGAAGUACAUUAUCAGUCUCAGAAAGGAUUAUAUGGGAUAGCACUUUCACCAAUGGCAAGGGAUGGAUUUAGAACUGCUUAUUUUCAUAGCACUGCCAGUACAAUGGGAUUCGCUGUCAAUACAAAAACAUUGCGCAAUGAGAAUUUUGAUAUAAAUGUAAAUGUAUAUGACUUUAAAGUAAUGGGGAGAAGAGGCACUAAUAAACAAGCAACAUCAUCAUCUUUUGAUAUAGAAACAGGUGUAUUAUUUUAUGGUUUCCUGUUGAAAAACGUUAUUGGCUGUUGGAAUUCAUAUGGUGGAGAUGAAUAUAAUGAAUUAACACAAGGUACAAUCAAUUUAGAUAAAAGCAGUGACAUGUAUCCAGCAGACGUAAGGGUUGAUCGUACAGGUAAUCUUUGGGUGUUAUCAAAUACAUUUCCUACAUACAAUAAAAAAGAAUAUGAUCAAAGUUUAAUCAAUGUGAAAAUAUACAUGACACCUGUUCGACAAGUCAUUAAAGGAACAGUUUGUGAUGACAUUUAAUAAGCCAUAAAUCAAAUACCUGUUUG